CAAAUCAUUCUUUCUCAUCCAAUUUUUCUUGAGAUCAAAAUCUUUCAACCAAUCAUUCAGACAGAGAACCAGUCCGUUCAAACUUCACACACACACACACACAGGGGACACAAUAACUCGUCCAGGGUUGUCUGAGAGUUAACACGGGAUUCCAAUUCCUCUGUAUUAUCAAUUUAUCAUCAAUUUUAUGUGGAGCAUCGGUUUAGGAGUAUCGUAGAUUCGUAUACCACUAUCCAAACCCAGCAUCGUUCUCAACGCUCCGGAUCUUUUUUUUUUUUUUUUCUCUUCUCUCUGUUCUAUUUUUCGGUUCAAUCUUUGGAGAAAUUUUCUGGGGAGAUAGAAUAAUAUGCUCAAAGCUACACAGAUACUGGGAUCUUGUGCAUCUGGGUUAGUUUGGAAACCCCGUUGCAGUGGCGGGCUCUCCUUCAUUUCCGUCUCCACUAAACCAUUAUCGUAUUCUUCAUCUUCAAGAAGAGUAACCGGCACAAAUUCUUCGUUUUUGCCCAAGUUUCCAGCUCGCGGGACUCGUUGUCUGCGGCCAUUUCAUGCGCCCUCAGCUCGUUCCGAGUCAAACCCAGAUGGCGGUUCCGCUUCAUCGAUCGCAGUUCAGCCUUCAGCAGGAAAUGUUCGCAAGAUCAACUUCUGUCAGUGGUGUGGUGGCCCAACAAAGCAUGAGAUACCUGAUGGAGAGGAGAAGAUGAGAGCUAUCUGCACAGUUUGUGGGAAAAUUGCCUAUCAGAACCCAAAAAUGGUCGUGGGCUGCCUCAUUGAGCAUGACAAUAAGGUCCUACUUUGCAAGCGGAAGAUUCAACCAUCUUAUGGUCUUUGGACUCUUCCAGCUGGUUACAUGGAAAUUGGGGAGUCUGGUGCAGAAGGGGCAAUCAGGGAAACCUGGGAAGAAGCAAAUGCUGAAGUGGAAGUGCUUUCUCCUUUUGCCCAACUGGAUAUUCCUCUUAUUGGCCAACAGACUUACAUAAUCUUCUUAGCAAAGCUCAAGAAACUGCAGUUCUCACCAGGUCCAGAAUCAUCCGAAUGUCAGCUUUUUGCCCUUGAUGAUAUACCUUUUAAUUCCUUGGCAUUUUCAUCGAUGUUUGUAACCUUGAAUUUGUAUAUUCAAGAUGUCAAGACUGGAAAACCAAAGUUCCACUAUGGUACAAUCAACAAGAGGCCUGGCACAAGUCCUUCUGAUAUUCAUGCCUUUACUCUUGAUUACCAUCUUCAAUGCUGACAAGACGGUGGAGGCGUUAAGAGAGUCUUGCAUUUAACAAGGACCAGAUAAGUUAGCAGAAAAGGUUGCCCCGCCAGGUUAGUUGAAAAUGGGAACCAAGAGCAAUUGAACAUAUUGAUCAAGUUGGGAAAUGUUUCUACCAAAAAUCCCAUAGAGCCACCACUGUUUCUUCGGAUACUCUGAAAUCGGUGCAUCUCAUCCGAAUUCAGAAACAGACCCAGAACCCCCUUCUACUCUUUGUACCACAUCUGUGUCGCAAUUUGAGGUGGUGAAAAUUCAGGAUAUUUCUGAGAGAACGCAAAUCUAUGUGAUUGAGCUGGCUGAUUGCCUUGUGUUUCCGGGGGAAGAUUCAAAUUAUUAUUGGAAUAGCCUCCAAUGGAAAUUCGAAGAGAAAAUUGGAAUAUACUCCUUUUCUGGGUAAGUAAUGAAUGGAAUGUUUUACA